GCUGCCGCCUUCCCGAUCCGGCGCAGGCACGGCGAGGGCCGGCGCCCAGGGCAGGAACUCCGCCGCAGGAAGCGGGAGGUGCCUCCGGCCCCCGCCUUCCCCUUUCGCCCCGGGGCGGCGGCGGCGAAGGGAAAAGGGUCCCUCAGCGCCUCGCCAUGGAGCCUCCCCCCCUUUCCUUCACCGCUGCUUCCCUUCCCCGGACUUUCCCCUCGCCCCAGCGGCGAGGGCAGCCGAGCGGCACCGGCCCGAGCGGCCGCAGCCUCCCCGCCCCUGCCCGCCGGGCUUCCUGGCUGGAAAUUCCCGCUGACGCUCACGGGGAGGGAGGAGCGGGGCGGCCGUUGGGCGGGAGCGGCCGUUGCUGAGGCUGAGGGGCGGCCGUUGGGGGUGCUGCGCACCCGCCACCUGCCCGCAGGAGGGAGCGGCGAGCGUAGCCUGCGGUUUAUCUUUAUUUUUAUUUAUUUAAUUAUUUAUUUAGGUAGGGAUUCCUGUCGUUUUCUGGCGGAGCAGGCGUCCUCGCCGGUUAAAGUCCGUGAAAUAGCAGCCGCAGACGCAUCUCGCGGCCGGCACCGCGUUUUGCCGCUCACAUAUGUUAUGCGAAAUAAUCUGAAACGCCCUUACACCGAGUCUUAAGCCUCCCCUUUGCUAAGGGUGAAGAACACCUCAGAUCAACAGCCAGCGUCGCUCACCUGAGGUAUAAGUAACAUUAAAAAAAUCCAUGGGCACAUCAACAACAUGCCUCCAGCCUCAGUGUUACCAAGUUUCACUGAACAAGAUACAGGAAUACAUGUACAGCAAGGAAAAUAGGACAAGAUACCACUGCUCAUCUGGCAAACAGGGACUUGGAGGGGUGAAUAAAAGAUAAUAUCAUUGAACCAUUUUUAGAGACACCAGAUGUAAGGAUGAAUAAUGUUACUACUGGUACCCCAGAAGAGAAUGCUGUUGCACCAGCUAAGCUGAGAACUUGGAUUUGCUACAAACCUGUGAAGGAGAGACAGUACAUGAGGAGCUUUGCUGAGCUGAGUUCUGAACCUGACCUGCUGUAGCUGUUCCUUGGGAAUAUGUGCUUGACUGGGGAGGAAAUUUUUUCUUUGCAUGGAAUACCCAACAACAGUCGUGUAUCAGAUUCAGACUUCUCUACGAUAUGUCCUGCUGUUUUGCAACAGCUAAUUUUUCACCCGUGUGAUCAUCAGGAAAACAUUGUGGAUACAACUAAACCACAUUCUUUACAAGUUUGGGGAUUUGGGUUCCUGGCUGUGACUAUCAUUAACUUGGCAUCACUCCUGGGAUUGAUUUUAACUCCUCUCUUAAAAAAGUCAUAUUUCCCCAAGAUUCUAACCUACUUUGUGGGCUUGGCCAUCGGUACUCUCUUUUCUAAUGCAAUUUUCCAGCUCAUUCCAGAGGCGUUUGGAUUUGACCCCAAAGUAGAUAACUAUAUCGAGAAAGCCGUUGCUGUGUUUGGUGGAUUCUAUAUUCUCUUCUUUGUGGAAAGGGUUCUGAAAGUGAUAUUGAAGAUCUAUAACCAGACUGGCCAUAAACACUCAGGACAUGGUGAACAGAAUCAAUGUCAGGAUAAGGCUAACCCACACAAACCACCAUCAUCCAGCAACGGGGUGACCUGUUAUGCAAACUCAGCAGUCAUAGAGAACAAUGGAAAUCUUGGUUUUGACAGCAUCAGUGUGGUCUCAGCACAGGAGGAAGUAACCCAAAGCAAGUUAUGUAAAUGUCUCCAUGGGCACCCACUGUCGAAGAUCGGAACCAUUGCUUGGAUGGUAACACUGAGUGAUGCCGUACACAAUUUCAUAGAUGGUUUGGCAAUUGGUGCUUCUUUCACUUUGUCUGUGUUUCAAGGACUGAGUACCUCCAUAGCCAUCUUGUGUGAAGAGUUUCCUCAUGAGCUAGGGGAUUUUGUCAUCUUGCUUAGUGCAGGAAUGAGUACUCGGCAGGCUCUGUUUUUCAACUUUCUGUCUGCGUGUUCCUGUUAUAUUGGGAUGGCUUUCGGUAUAUUAGUAGGCAACAACUUUGCUCCUAACAUCAUCUUUGCAGUAGCUGGUGGAAUGUUCCUGUAUAUCUCUCUGGCAGAUAUGUUCCCAGAGAUGAAUGAUAUGCUGAGAGAGAAAGUGACAGGAAGAAAGACGGAUCUUACAUUCUUCCUUAUUCAGAACGCUGGUUUACUAACGGGGUUUGCUGCUAUACUGUUGAUUACCUUGUACGCAGGAGAUAUUCAGCUGUGAUAAUGGAAGUGAAAAUGGAAUCGAUAUUCAAGGCAUCAAAUAAACUACGAAUGGAAGACACUUGAAAUCCAUAAAGGGACAUUCAUUCAAUCUUCUUGGUUUUGAAACAUUGACAAGUCUUCUUCCCCCAUUCCAAAUGCAGGAAAUUCUUUUAGGACUUUCAGUUAAUCCAAAUACUAGGAGCUGUUGACUUUUAUACUCUACUAAGGAACCGAUUCUCAUAUUUGUGUUUCUACUUAAAAUUAUCAGACAUACCUGAACUGUUAUAGAGAAAGGGUGUUACUUGGCCAGUAGAAGUAAGUAGUGUAUAUGCAAGUACAUGCAACUCAGACCAAAUGAAAGCUGAGGUCUUCAAGGAAAAUUCUCAUUUAAAAGAAAAUAAUGAAGUCUCAUAUCCUUUUUAAACUGUGAUGAAAGCAAGGAGUUUCAAAGCUGGUUAAUUUUCAUGACUUCUGUUGCAGGAUUUGCCUGUGUAAUAUUCCCUUCCCCCAUCAAAAAAAAAAAAAAAAAUCAAACUAUUUCAAAGUAGGUACUAAUGAAGCUAAGAUUUUUAAUUACUAAUUAACACUGGAAGGAAAGAUACCAGUUACUGCUUUUGAUCUUUUCUCUUUAUGUGUGCACUAGGGAAUUGUUGAUUUAUUUUGAGAACCACUUUUUUUAAUUAGAGGGAACCUGUGUUAAAAUUAUGACAAUUUAUCAACUCCAUAAUGUUUUAGAAACAUUGAGUAUUUUAAAAUUUUUCAAGUAUUUUAUAUUCUGUGAAAAUAAUCUUGUUUUACAUACAAGUUCCACAGAUAUUCCUCUUAAAAAUCAGUAUUUUGGGUUAAAAUUUUGAAAGGAUGUAUUGUUAGUUGUACAAAGUGGAACUUAAAGGAAAAACUGCUAAAAUCAACAUUCCAGGAAGCUUUUUUUUUUGUAAUUUCAAUAGUUUUCUCGUGUGCAGUUGGGUGAAAGUUAAGUGUUACUAAAAUAUACAAACUUUUAUUGCAAUCUGUUGCAUAUGAACUUUCUGAAGUCAUGGUUAUAUGUUUGAAUUCUUCUGAAAUAAACAAUUUAGCUACUCUGCUGUUGUAAGAUGUGUGUAAGGAAAUUCAUGCAAAUAUAUCCUAUUUCACUCACUGCUAAGUUUUGAAAGAAGUGUUACUAUUCUGUAGUCAAUUACUUUCAUUCGUAUUGUUUUUUAUGGAAGCUUUCCAACUUGAAGGAAAAUACAAUUACUUAAUGUAUUUCUUGCCAGUCAAAAGGGACAAAUCCUUUAUUUUUUAUUUCACUAUUAAAAUAUAUUUUCUAUAAGGUAAA